GUUUGUUUAGUCCGUCGUCGGUUGGUUGCGUUCGGUGUAUCGUUCUCCUCUCUUUAUCGUUUUUGUUGUCGCAUUGCAAAAGUUUCAAACUCUGCAAAUCGCUGGUGAAAACUGCUUGAAAUGUUGUAAUAUAAUUACAAUAAAACACAAGUGCUUCAAUGUGCAAUUAAGAUGACUAAUCCUGUGUAAUUCCGUGCAUUUACCAUGUCCGAGAAGGUGAGCAGCGCUCUGGCAGCACAGCUGCAUGCCCAUGCGCUGGCAUCCGCCACCAGUGAGCCCAGCAGCAGCAGCAGCUGCCAGCUGCAGCCGGUGUCGUCGAAUGCGUCCAAGGAUGCGGCGCUACAGUUCGAGACGGAUGCACCGAUUGGUGCGCAAUUGCAUUUCAAAAUUGUGCCAAUCGAUAGCGGACUUAAUUUGAGUCUGGGCAGCAGCUAUCAGGAGAUGUUUGCGCCCAUGAACACAUCACAAAUCUCAAAUGCCUCCACAGAGUCCAGCUGCAGUCCGCCAGCAGCGGUCGCCGGACCACCACCUCCUAAGCCCAGCAGACACAUGGCAGUUCAGCCACUGAAUAGCAAAUCCUGUCGCUUUCCCAAACUGGAGGAGUGCGCACACUUCCAUUACGAACGCGUACAGCUGGGCGCCCUCUCGGUGCAGCUGCUCGACGAUAAAUCAGAGCAAUUGGGCAGCAGCAUUGCUUCGCAAUCGAUUGGCGGUGAAUUGGCGCACAGUUCGCUGCGUUCGUCAGGCUUCUCGCCGGAGAGCUGCUGGUUUAUCAUUCGUGUGGCGCCGCAACGUUGCGAACCGUUUCUGAUCAAACGCAGCUACGAGAACAUGCAAAUGCUGGACGAGAUGUUGCAUCGUUGUGUCUACGAUCGCAAGAUUAGCGGAUUGCGCAACAUGUGCGAACUGGAUGCUGAAUCGGAGCUGCAGACCGAACAGGAGGUGGAAUAUGCGGUGGCCAAGUAUCUUGAACGCUUCUCCAAGAUUGCCUCCGAUUCGCUGACAUGCGGCACCAUACUCACCUGGUUGCAAUUAGACAACAAAGGCCGACGUCUUCCACUCGCCGAUGGUGAAACGCAGCGCACGAUUAACACGCCAGCGGUGGGAGCCGCGUAUGGCGUGCGUAGAUAUCAGGCGCAGGCGCCGGACGAGAUUAACAUCGAGGUGGGCGAUAUGAUAUCGGUGAUUGAUAUGCCCAGUCCGGCCGAAUCGAUUUGGUGGCGUGGCAAAAAGUCGCAUCUACAAAAGUCCCUCUACGAGGUCGGUUUCUUUCCGCAAUCGUGUGUGGCCACCAUUGGUGAUAAGGUGCCGCGAAACUUUCCAAUGCCUGCUCCGCUGGUCGGCCAUCUGGAUGCGUCACCCACAAAGCCGGUGCUCCGCAAGCAUGGCAAAUUGAUUGCCUUCUUUCGCUCCUUCAUUUUGUCGCGUCCAUCACGCAGACGCCUUAAGCAGAGCGGCAUCUACAGAGAGCGUGUGUUCUCCUGUGAUCUGUCUGAGCAUUUGUUAAACAGCGGCCAAGAUAUACCCAUGGUGCUGAGAUCCUGUGCCGAAUUCAUUGAGAAUUAUGGCGUCAUCGAUGGCAUUUAUCGUCUGUCCGGCAUCACAUCGAACAUUCAGCGAUUGCGUCGCGCCUUCGACGAGGAACGUGUGCCCGAUCUUGGCAAUCCCGAAAUGAAGCAGGACAUUCAUGCGGUUAGUUCGCUACUCAAAAUGUACUUCCGUGAGCUGCCCAAUCCGCUGUGCACCUAUCAACUGUACGACAAUUUUGUGGAGGCUAUUCAGGUGAAAGCCGAUGAGGCCGAUGAACGGCUGCGUCUGAUGAAGGAGACGGUGCUGAAGCUGCCGCCGCCACAUUAUCGCACAUUGAAAUACUUGUCGGAGCACUUGCAUAAGGUGUCGCAGCAUCAUGAACGCACUGGAAUGACGGAUAAGAAUCUAGCCAUUGUUUGGGCGCCUAAUCUGUUGCGUUCGCCAGCGCUGGAGUCUGGAGGCGUGGCCGCUUUGCGUGGCGUCGGCGUACAGGCUGUGGUCACUGAGUACCUGAUACGCAACUGUCACAACAUCUUCGACGCCCUCGAGGAUCACAAUGCGCGCCUCAGCAUUGUGGGCAACGCCUUGACGAGCGCACAGCCAGCUGGUGAGCUGCGUCUGGAGUCGCUAACCGAUUGCGAAAGUUUGCUAGUGGAGCAGCGUGAACAGGAUCAAUCUCUGGGCCUGGUGGAGCGACCAAAGAGUCUAAGCACAGGCGGCGCAAAGUUAAUAAGUCUGGAGGAGGCGCAGGAGCGGCACUCGCGCAUCGAAUCCAGCACAGAUCUGAAACAAUCGUUGCCCAUCAAUAUGCUGGCCAGCGGCAGUCACAGCAAUAGCAACAGCGGCAACAAUGCGGCCUCCAAUAUUGGCUCCUAUAUUGAGGUGGGCGGCGGACCAUCCAGUCUUCCGGACAAGUAUCAUACGGUGCUUUCGGUGCCGCGCAGCUGGCAGAAACGCAAGCCGGAUAAGACGCCUUCGUGGAAAAGUAUAUUCACGCGCAGCCAGCGUCAGGGCACAGAGCCGGGUCACAAGCUAAUCAUCGAAGGCGCUGCGAAGGAGCCAAGUGGCACAUCUCGCGUUACCUUUGUGCAGAUCUCGCAUGCGCAUGCCAGCAAGGAGCUGUCGAAACACGACAAACCCAAGUCUAUUGAGCUGCUGGAAACAACACGAGAUGCACGCGACGCAGCCAUGGGCAGCAAACCCAUGGAGCUAUGCAUACGCUCCAACUCCAUUGACAGUUUGCGCACUGUGGGCCAUUCGAGGAGCGUGUCGCAUGACUCGUACUUUGAUCUGUUGCAAUCGCCGCAGCGCGGUCACAUGACCACCUGCCCAUCGCGUGAACUGUCCGAGCUGGGGCUGAAUUUCGAUCGUGAGGAGCCUGAGAUGCGCAUCUUCUCCGAGAGCGAGUCGCUGGUCAGUUCACCGCGUGUGGGCAAGGAGAAUGUGCCGCCUGCUUCGGGCUGUGCCACACGUCGCAUUAUGCGCGCUCGUCCCGAGGAGUUCUCCAGCCAGACGAACAGCGUCAAUCCCAGCCCCAAGAAGCAGCCGCGUCUCAAUCUUCUAUCGCCCAGUGCCGCUCGCCAGCUGCCCCCCAGUACAUGUGGACAGCCCUGUGGCCAUGAGCCAGCCGGUGCUGAGAAUUGUUGCAAACGCUACAAGCUGGAGGAUCAACUGUCCGACAUACAGUUUAUUGACUGCGGCACACCAGAACAUCCGAUGCCUGUGCAACAGCAAUUCGCCAGUGUAGAGGUGCAUCCGCCGCCGAAGCCAGCACGUGCCACCCAAGCGCAACACAACAACACAGCAACGCCAACAGGCUCGGCGGGAAGUGCAGCAGCUAACAAUGCGGGCACAGCACGCUAUAGUUAUCCAUCGGUGCAGCUGGGCGCCAAGCGCAAGGAGCAGCUGGCCGCCAAGGAGCGAUUCAGCUAUCAGGGCACAUUCAUGCAGCCCGGCGGCAAGCAGGAAUCGAGGCCACACAUGCCCAAUGGAAAUGGAAGCGUGAAUGCCAAUGGCAACGUUGCGUUACGUAGCAAUCCACGCGUAGAAAUUUGUGGCGAGGAUCAGACAACGAUUAAGCUGUCCGUGACCACGCCCACAACGCCAGCACACAGUCCACGCUACUCGCUGCUGCUUUGUGACACGGAGAGCUCGGAGAACAGCUCUGCUGUGAAUACGCCUCAAUACGAUAUGGAGCCGUUAAUGAUGACCUCGGCCAUGUCUGGCAUUUCGGGCGUCUCAUCGAACAUGCAACAACAGCAGCAGCUGCUGCUGGGCGUCGAUGCCUCCAGCAGUUAUCUGGGCAGUUCCCACGAGAGUCUGGGUCAGCAUUUUAAUCAGAUGCAGGAUGUAGAACAACGGGAUAUGCAUGCCUUGAAGCGUGAGUUAUCGCUGGAUUUGCAGCCAUUGCAACCACGUCUGCCCGUGGCAGCUAAUCGUGCCGCCACGCUGCCCAUAAAGGAUCAGCUGCAGGCCAGCUCGCCGAACAACUCCAAUUUCACGGACAACACUAGUCAAUCGGUGACACCCAGCGAGUUUGGCUAUCAGCAUCUGCAGCGACAACUGAGCAUGCACUCGCUGCUGGCUACCGAGGAUGGCUCACCGCUCUACGAGGACUUUGAGCAGACGCCUAGUAAUACGCUAACGCCACAGAAGCUGCAGCCGGCUACGCUUAUUGGUAGUCCCAUAAAAUCAACCAUUAGCAUAACGUACAAGUCGCCGGAGAAGGAGAAGCCACCGUCUAAGCCAGCCCUGCUGCUGGAGACAAACUUUGACGAGAACAUUGUCUACGAGCAGGUGAAAAUGUUUCGCAAUUCGGUGACCGAGGUGAAUCAAUUGUUGAACGAACGACACAGUCAAAGUCUCAAGCAAAUCGAUGAGGAGGAGCAACAGCAGCAGCAACAGGAUGAUGGCGUUCGCCGAGCGGCAGAGAUGACACAGCAGCUGCUUGAAUUGGAGCAGGAGGACGAUCGCGAGCGUGAGCAAGAGCAGCUGCUCUAUGAGAAUAUUGAGCUGCGAAAACCGAAAACAGUUUAUGAGAAUCUACGUGGCGAGGAGAUGAAACUCAAUACGAAUGAACUUGAGCUAGAUGUCGAAUUGGAUUCAGAUUUGGAAUCAAUACCGAAGCAGCCGAUUUGUGAUAGAAUAGAACUCGACAGUCUCGACAGUUUGCCAAGUACUGAUCACUUAACCAUGGCACACGAACAGCCUAGCAAAUCGCCCUCGUUCAGCGUCAAGGAGUUGGCCAACAAAUUCGAGAGUUCCCCAGUUGAGCAGCUGCCCAACUUUGAUUUCGGUCAACGUGGUAGCUCGAUGAAAAAGCCGAAUGAGCUGCAACUACCUGUGCCGACCGCACCAAAACCAGUGAUGCCAGCGCCAGUGCCGCUCAAGAAACUCAAUAAUGCGCAAAAGAUAACACGCUCCUUGGACGAGAAUGCGUUUGUGCGUGAAUUUGGUGGCAAGCAAUUACAGGAUUUGGCCGCUUGCAAAUUACCCGAGCUACCGGAGUUGAACAAUCGACGCAAGAGCUUUGAUUUUACGCGGCCCAAGACACUUAAUCCUCCCAAGCGUCUUCCCGGCAUGAGCAUCACCGAGGAGAUAUGUCAGCAGCGUAGUGAACCGGAGCAGAUCAUAACCACUCCCACCACAGAGAAUCGCAUUUCGUUGAUACAGCAAAAUAACGUGCCACGUGAACAGCAAUCCCAAACUCUGAAUAUGCCUACUGGCGGACGCAAGAAUGUCUUGACGGGCGUCAUACUCGAUCGCGAACGCAUCGACAAGAUCAAGGAGGAGCGUCGUCAGCAGUUGACACAAAAAUACUAUGGUGACACGUUGAAGUCGCACUCCAAGACGGAACUCAACACUGAGGACAUCAAUUUCCAGGCUUCCGAAUCACUGCGUAUCAAGUCCAAGUCACGUGGUGAUAUGCAUUCGCUGCAAAAGGACAUGGACAUGAAUCUCAAGCAGUUGGCACGCGCUGGCGCCGGCUCCGAGAGCACUUUGCAUCGCUCUAGCGACUAUGGAACUCAGCGGGUGCGCAGCAUUUCCGAUGAGAAGAAUCAAAAUUGUGAUAGCAAUAUGACUAGCAAUGGAGCCAACACCAUUAAUUUGCCGGUGCACAGCGUCAAAACAGCUGCUCAAAAGUAUGCGGCCAACAAUACAACAAUCAUGACAGCAUCCACAGCUACAGUGCCAGGCAAAUUCGAGCGUGGAAUUGGACGCGAACGCCUCUCCAGAAACUCCAUGCCACAUGCUACGACCACAGAGAGCGUAAACAACAGAGAAAAGAUCUCACCACAAUUCUCAAUACGCGAUGUGACUGCGAUGUUCGAAUCUCGUUCACAAAAUCAAUAGGCUUAGACAAAUUAUCAUCCACUACAACAUCGAAUACCCCAAAAACACAAAAAAAUACAGCAACAAUAAUAAAUUGAAGAUUAAGCAGAACGAAGCAGAAGAUGGUGGAUCGGUCGCGUUAUAUAAUUUAUUUAGUUUUUAAAUUCUACAUAUUAAGCGCACUAUACAGACAGGAUCAUGCAUGUAUGUGAAACACAUAUACAUAAAUAUACUCGUAUAUAUACAAUAAAUAUAUAUUUAUAUAUAUGUAUUGGAUACUGGACCAAGCGGUUCCAAAGACAUGAAGCAGAUUUACGCCGCUGGAUGGGGGACGCAUCCGAUGGAUCAGCAAAAUUCAAUUUUGUUUUAAGUGGAAUUUCGAGUGAAUCAUGACUAAAAGACCCAGCGCCAAAUGCAAAUUGUUAUUGUAUUGGCCAAUUUUAGACGUUAAGUUUUAAUUUUGAUUAAUUUGUAAAUGUGUACUUGCAUUGAAUUGCUCCUGACUUGAUUUCGGUUUUGUUUAUUCGUGUAAUUUGUUUGUUUUGGAAUUGAUAAAAGUGUAGGAAAGAUUAUACGAUUGAAUUAAAUUUAAAGUGUAGAUUGAAAACAGUAAUUUUUCUUAUGCUAAAACAUUAAUUAAUUUUAAUGCAUUUAACGCAGCUUUGAGCGAGUUGCUUUAAGUUUAUUAAUAUUUUACGGUUAAUUUAUAUUUUUAACAAAAGUAAGAAAAUUACAAUAAAUUCACUUUAAUGAACAUAUA